CUGUGCUCUUUAUUCUGUCUGUGAAAGCCCCUCUAUACGAUGCUUCAAUCCCCUUCUUUACUGUGGGCUACUUUCACCACACUGGUUACCUUAGCACGGAGCACUGCAUUGUUCACUAACGAAUCGCUCACGUGCUACUCGGACUGUUCUCUAGAUGAAGUAACUGCUGGUUCCGUUCUAAUUUUCGCCUGGGCUAAUUACAACGGCUUUGUGGAUUCGGACGAAGAAGUUUAUUGGACUGUGACCUCGUCAGCUACUGUCGUAACAGUAGUCAAUACCGUACUGGACACGACAGGUCUACUUACUGAAUAUCCUCCUGAUUACCUGCCGCCAGCAACGAAUGGGGAGGGAACAAGGGUUACUACUAUCACCUACACUGGAUUUUCGACAACCUACACAACGGCACUAGCCUACCCUACUCCUUUUGUCUGGUGGCCAGAUGUAUACGGAUGGGCUGGGACGCUUCAGGUUGGCUCAAAUUGUGAAACUGUGGCCUAUACAACCUUCACGACUUUUCCAAUCACCUCAGCUCCUCAACCCACAAACUCGGCUGACCUCCUGGCUGUAUAUCAAGCAUUUCCUGGUGUGACUGACUUAGCGGUAUUCUCAGAAGAUCCAGAAGGGCUGUCUUACAGCGUAAUCAUCGAUGGCGGCGACGAUUGGGAGUUCAUGGCUUUAUCAGAUCUCUUUCCCGACCAGCCUGCUUUGGGGAUCUGUAGCGGUAAUGGUGGAGGGCCGAAUUGGGGUGGCUUCACGCAGACUUUGUGGAAUUAUACUACUGCUUCGACCACUAGUUAUGUCGGGGCCGGAGGAGGAGGACCUUCGAAAUCGCCGCCUCCUUCUCCUACACCGCCUCCUUCACCAACUCCGCCACCGUCUCCAACGCCAACACUUUCUCCUACUCUACGCAAAUCUAUCAACGAGCCUAACGAACCAUCCCAAUCCUUAGGUCAAUCUGUAGGUUCAAAUCCAUCUCCAAAUCCAUCAUCAGGCAGUUCAACCACUGGUAGUACUGGUUUAGGCUCGGUUUCUCUAGGUCAGGGGGCAUCUGGUUCUGGAUAUGGUUCAUCGGGCCAAGAAACCUCAGGCUCUGGCUCCUCGGGUCAGGAGACAUCAAGCUUAGAGGGUGAAGGCACCGGCACUGCGACUGGAGGCACAACACCAGCUCCAAGCCAAGUCGUCUUUACAGGGAAAUCGACUUCAUACGGGCCUCCUUUUAUGCCUUCAUUAUUACUCCUUUGUUUAUGGGUUCUGUGUAGCUUUUGAC